GAGAGGAAACCAGACCCGCUGAAUUUCCACAAGCCAGGCGUCAUCCGCAUCCACCCGAGGGAGAAGGAAGGAGGGAUAUUUCUCUGUAGCCGCUCUCCCUCUCCGAGAUCUCAUGCAUCCUUCUGGAUUAAUUAUGUUUUUAUUUUAACGCACAGAUGACGGUGUAGCCGGGGCAACAGCCAUUUAAAUACACUAACGCCGCCGCUUCGUUGGAGAGGAUCUGUUGUGACUGGCCAUGAAUUCGGCGGAACAGACGGUUACAUGGUUGAUUACGCUCGGGGUGCUGGAAUCGCCGAAGAAGACCAUCUCGGAUCCUGAAGCAUUUCUGCAGACCUCCCUCAAAGAUGGGGUGGUCUUAUGUAGAUUGCUGGAGCGGCUCAGCCCGGGGUCCACGGAGAAAAUUUACCAGGAGCCGAAAAACGACGGCGAGUGCCUGAGCAACAUAAAGGAGUUUCUCAAAGGCUGCACAUCGUUUCGCGUCGAGCCCUUUGAGGCCAGUGACCUGCUCCUGGGACUGAACUUCUCCAAGGUGCUGAGCAGUCUGGUUGCUCUGAACAAAGUAACUGCAGAUAUCGGCGUGGGCAGCGAUUCUGUGUGCGCCCGUCACUCUUCAGCUCACCGCAUCAAGUCGUUUGAGUCGCUGUCCUCCCAGUCCUCACUGGGCAGAUCCUCCAAGCUGCUGCAAAACCAGUUCCGCAGUCUGGACAUGUCAGAAAACAGCGGACAGCAGCUGCUGGUGAAGGCACGCUUUAAUUUCCAGCAGACAAAUGAGGAUGAGCUCACCUUCACCAAGGGUGAAAUCAUAAAUGUGACUCGUCAGGAGGAGGGCGGUUGGUGGGAGGGGACGCUCAAUGGCAAAACUGGCUGGUUUCCUAGCAACUAUGUCCGCGAGGUCAAAGGCUGCGACAAGCAAGUGUCCCCUAAAUCUGGAACCCUGAAGAGCCCACCGAAAGGCUUCGACACCACCGCCAUCAGCAAGACGUACUACAACUUGGUGUUGCAGAAUAUUCUAGAAACAGAGACAGAGUACUCCAAGGACCUUCAGAGCCUCCUGACCAACUACCUGCGAUCUCUUCAGAGCACAGACAAACUGAGCAGUUCAGACGUGUCUCUGAUUCUGGGGAACCUGGAGGAGAUCAGCACCUUCCAGCAGAUGCUCGUCCAAUCGCUGGAGGAGUGCACCAAACUUCCAGAAAGCCAGCAAAGGGUAGGCGGCUUCUUCCUCAACCUCAUGCCACAGAUGAAGGCUCUCUAUGUGGGUUACUGCUCCAACCACCCCUCUGCGGUUAAUGUGCUCACCCAGCACAGCGAGGCAUUGGGGGAGUUCAUGGAGGGGAGGGGUGCAGUCAAUCCCGGGAUCCUCACUCUGACCACGGGCCUAAGCAAACCCUUCAUGAGGCUUGACAAAUACCCCACCCUACUGAAAGAGCUGGAGAGGCACAUGGAGGAGAGUCAUCCUGACAGGCCAGACAUUCAGAAGUGCAUGGCGUCUUUCAAAAACCUGUCUGCGCAGUGUCAGGAGGUGCGGAAACGCAAGGAGCUGGAGCUGCAGAUUCUCACCGAGUCCAUCCGGCUGUGGGAGGGCGACGACAUCAGGACCCUGGGCUCUGUACUCUACAUGAGCCAGGCCAUGGUGCACAGUCCCGGGUCAGAGGAGAAGUCGGAGCGUUACCUCAUGCUCUUUCCCCACGUCCUCCUCAUGUUGUCUGCUAGCCCCAGGAUGAGUGGCUUCAUAUUUCAGGGGAAACUGCCCUUGGCCAGCAUGACUGUGACCAAAUUGGAAGAUUGUGAAGCCCAUAAAAAUGCCUUUGAACUUAAUGGCACAAUGUUUGAGCGCCUCCAGGUGGUUUGCAACAACCAGCAAGAUCUGCAGGACUGGGUGGAACAUCUGACCAGACAGACCAAACACACCGCAGCCACAGCUCCCAGCCACAAACCACUCGCUGUGCCCUGCCACACGCUCCCAUCUCACCCGCUGACUCCGUCCCGACAUGCUGAGGGGAGGGCCAUGACAGUCGCCCCUGCUUACCACACCUUACCCCACCCCUCCUCCCAUGGAACCUCUCACAGCACCAUGAUGUGGGGCCCGCUGGAGCCCCCCAACACCCCCAAACCCUGGAGCCUGAGCUGCCUGCGACCUGCGCCCCCACUACGACCCUCCGCCGCCCUCUGCUACAAGGAGGAUCUCAGUAAAAGUCCUAAGAGUGUGAAGAAGCUCCUCCCCAAACGUAAACCUGAGAGGAAACAGUCUGAGGAGGAGUUUGCCUUGAGGAAAAGUACAGCUGCCCUGGAGGAAGACGCCCAGAUCCUUAAAGUUAUUGAGGCAUACUGCACCAGUGCAAAAACCAGGCAGACCCUCAACUCCACCUGGCAGGGCACCGACCUCAUGCAUAACCACGUGCUGGCCGACGUGGAUCGGUCCUGCGUGGACUCUCCGGGCCGCCGUAGCAGCGUGUCGCGGCCAGAGGUGACCUCUGACCUUUCGGAGGACUCUGACUAUGACUCCAUCUGGACCACCCACAGUUACAGGAUGGGCUCGGUGUCGCGGCCGCGGAGGGAAACAGGACUGCAGGUGAUCAUCCCUGGUGAGCAGAAAGCCCUCGUCGAGGAUCCCAGUCGCAACGGACAGAAUGCAGUGGAAGAGAAGAGCCUGGUGGAUGUGGUCUACGCCCUGAGGGACGAGGUUCAGGAGUUAAAGCAGGACAAUAAGAAGAUGAAGAGGUCCCUCGAAGAAGAGCAGAGGGCGCGGAAGGAGUUGGAAAAGGCUGUGAGGAGGGUGCUGAAGAGCAUGAAUGACCCGACAUGGGAUGAGACAAACCUGUGAGGCUGUGGUGUGCCUGAAUUUGAAAUUGUGUGUGACUUUAUCUGUGUAUGUGUGAAGAAGAGAAAGAAAAAGCACAUACAUCUGCACAUGCACAUGCACAUGCACAUGCGGAUGUGUGGGUUUGCUUGCAGUGGAUAUGUGUGUGUGUGUGUGUAUGCUGAUGAUACCUGUGUGAGAGCUAGAGUUUGUGUGUAUGUGUAGAUGUAUUUGCUUCUUUGAGUGUGUGUGAGUGUGUGUUUGUGCUCUAAGGGGAGGCCUCUAGGAUUUUGAGUGUCAUUGGUACCACUCUGGGAAAGAGAGCUGCCACAGUGCUGAGCAGGCUGAGCCACCCAGUCCAUAAUAACAUUCCUCAAACACCAAAUGAUCAGGUGAGGAUCACAAACCCUCACCGCAGUGUGUUCGCCGAGCCUGCGUCACCCCGUCGCCUCAGCACCCAUCAGGCUGCGGCUGUUUGCUGCACCCGGAGAGAACUCAUCUCCCUCUGUUUACAAACAUUUCCAAACAAUGCAUUGUAUAAUGGUACGUAAAUGGUACUGUAACGGUACGUUAACGACGUCACAAAGUGUGAACUGGAACUUUGUCAUUUCAUAACCUCGCUUAUGUUAUUUAAUUUUUUAUGAACUGAUUUUGUUGUUGUGGUCUGUUUCCCCGACCGCUGUACAGUUUGACCACGUUGCGGUUUGACUUUCUGUUCUUUCUGGGUGUCUUAAGGGAAUUGUACAGCUAAUUAACUUGUACUGUAUGAUGUAAAUACUGCUGAAAGAUGAGCCUUUGCCCUUUGGGAGAAAUAAAUGUGUUUUUAGAAGAAUGGAA